GAUCUCGAGCAGAUCCCUGCAGCCAGGCUGCGAGAUCCGUGCUCGCUUUUCCUCCCUUGCUGAAGCGUGUCACAGCACGCUUUCUUCUGCCCCAGAGAAAGUGAAGGCGAACCCUUUUCUAAAAAAAACAAAAAUACUGCUUCUUUCAAAACGACGGGGAACGAGAAGUUCCCUUGCUUGGAAAGUCAGCAAAAAAAAAACAACCAAAAAACCCGCAUCUGAGCGUAGGGAAGCACUAGACAUGGGUAAACUUAUCUUGAAUGUAGUUGGUCUGCCUGGCCUGCUACUUACCGCUAAUUUCUGGGCAUAACUGGAGGCGACCCGAGCCCGCUCAGGCAGGACUCAUGGAAAGUCUCCCCGGGCAGGAGGGGGGGCAGGGGCCGCCUUUUAAAUAUCCUGCGUGCCCAGCUCGGCUUUUCUCCCCUUAAUUUUGCCUAUGACUGGAAAACGCAUUAAUACAAAUCUGUGGGAAGAGACGGAAAGUCAGUGACUCAGGCUAGUUUGCUGCAGCCAAAAAAAAAAAAUUAAAAAAAAAAAUUGCCAAAUACAUGUGAAACGAGACGUGGGGAUGAGCCCGGGUGCGUGGCAGCCCCCCGAGACCUGCCCGAAAGAACCAGCUAUUGUUCUGGUCCUCUCUUAUCUGCAGGGAGCAAAUAUCCUGUGUGUGAAAUGCAGAUAUAUUUUGAUCAAGAAGGCAGGACCGGCGGAGAGACAGAAGGUUUCCUCCUCGAGUGACUUCACUUCCCAAAAUUAGCAGAAAAAAAACUUUCAUCCGGUUAACUGUCUCCCCUUCGCUGGGCUGCAACGCGCACAAGUAGAAAGGGCGAGAGAGGCAGAGAAAGGAAAAGUGAAGGCAGGGGAAGGGGGCAGAGAAGUGAACGAGAGGGCAGGGGCAGCACUUCGAGGGGUCGGUCCCAGCCUAAGCCGGGUCAAUGUGUGGAAUAUUGGCGGGGGCGGCCGGAGAUUGUUCCCAAUGGACGGAACUAUUAAGGAGGCUCUGUCGGUGGUGAGUGACGACCAAUCCCUCUUUGACUCCACGUACGGUGCUGCCGCUCACCUCCCCAAGGCGGACAUGACAGCCUCAGGGAACCCUGACUAUGGCCAGCCGCACAAAAUCAACCCUUUACCUCCCCAGCAGGAGUGGAUCAAUCAGCCAGUCAGGGUCAACGUCAAGAGGGAGUAUGAUCACAUGAAUGGAUCCAGGGAGUCCCCAGUAGAUUGUAGCGUUAACAAAUGCAGCAAGCUGGUGGGCACUGGGACAGAGUCCAACCCGAUGAGUUACAGCACCUACAUGGAUGAAAAGAACGGCCCUCCCCCUAACAUGACCACCAAUGAGAGGAGAGUCAUCGUCCCAGCAGAUCCCACCUUGUGGACCCAGGAACACGUGCGCCAGUGGCUAGAAUGGGCUAUUAAGGAGUAUGGAUUACUGGAGAUAGACACAUCCCUCUUCCAGAACAUGGACGGCAAGGAACUGUGCAAAAUGAACAAGGAGGAUUUCCUCCGAACAACCUCCCAGUACAACACAGAAGUCCUGUUGUCUCACCUCAGUUACCUCAGGGAAAGUAGCUCAUUGCUGGUCUACAACACUCCAGCCCACACAGAGGCCUCCUCUCGGCUUACCACCAAAGAAGAGCCUUCCUAUGAUGCAGUAAGGAGAACAGGAUGGGGCAAUAACAUGAACUCCGGCCUCACCAAAAGCCCUCCUGUUGCAGGGACACAAAAUGUGAAUAAGACAGAGCAACAACGACCCCAACCAGAUCCCUAUCAAAUUCUGGGACCUACUAGCAGCCGUCUUGCCAACCCAGGGAGCGGGCAGAUCCAGCUGUGGCAAUUUCUCCUUGAGUUGCUGUCAGACAGUUCCAAUGCCAACUGCAUCACGUGGGAAGGGACCAACGGGGAAUUCAAGAUGACUGAUCCUGAUGAGGUGGCUAGGCGCUGGGGAGAACGCAAGAGCAAGCCCAAUAUGAAUUACGACAAGCUGAGCCGAGCCCUCCGAUACUACUAUGACAAGAACAUUAUGACCAAAGUGCAUGGCAAAAGAUAUGCCUACAAAUUUGACUUUCAUGGCAUUGCCCAGGCUCUUCAGCCUCACCCAACUGAGUCUUCAAUGUACAAGUAUCCAGCAGAUAUCUCCUAUAUGCCCUCUUACCAUGCCCACCAACAGAAGGUGAACUUUGCGCCCCCACACCCUUCCUCUAUGCCUGUCACAUCAUCCACUUUCUUUGGAGCAGCAUCAACGUAUUGGACCUCCCCUACAGGAAGCAUCUACCCAAACCCCAGUGUCCCACGCCAUCCUAACACCCAUGUACCAUCGCACUUGGGCAGCUACUACUAGAUGCUAUCACCAUCAGUGGCCUUUUAUCAAUCUGGUUGGAUGCUCUCUUUACUUCUGGGAUUUUUUUUCUUUGGAGCUUUGAUGAACAUUGUGGCCUUUCUUGUGGAAAAAAAUGAAACUGGAUAUUGAUUAUUCCUGGAUCAUCCUUUUUUUUUUUUUUUGUAACUUUGCCUCUUCUGUCUUGAACUGAGAGAUGGACACAUCUUUGGGCCAGUACUCUGCAUUGUGUUUUGGUUACAAGUCUUACAUCCUCUGCAGAAAUUCACUAUGGAGAUUGCUUACCACACCCUGGAAUGAGUAGUAGCAUUUUCCUUUUUUUUUUUUUUUUUGCAAGAGAAAAAAUCUUUAGCAAUCCAAAGCUCUUAACAAGACAAAGAUCCAGCUGUGGGUCUUAGCAGAAUAAUAUGUUUAUCACAGAUUUAUGACCAAGUGGGGGUUUUUUUCUGGUUUUGGGGGAGGGUAGAAGAUUUGAAUGGUAUGUUGUAAAGACCUGGCAUUGCAGGGGACAGCAACUGGAAUCUUAGCUUUAAGGCCAAUGAGGUUUUUCACCCAACUGGAAAUUUGAUAAAAUAUAUAUUCAUAUAUAUAUGUGUGUGUGCGUGUGUGUGUGCGCGUGUAUAUUUUAAGAAGCAAAGGGCAUUGAAGGAUCUGUUCUAGGGUGUACAACUUGUCUUGAACUGUGUACUAAUGCCAGAAACAUAUGAGACAGAACAAAAGAAGAAGCAACCUAAUGUCAGGCACAGACAUUCCUUGCAAGCAAAAAUGAAAUAAAGUCAGUGACAGCAGGUCCUAGAGCUCUGCCAAAGUUUUAGGAAUCGCUGAAUGCUAUCGAUUCGCGAACGCUGUGCGUUUGUCAGACCAUCAUCCAAAGGGUCAACAGAUCAGAAGGCAACUUACUGUAUAAAUUAUGCAGAGUUAUUUUUUUCCCUAUAUCUCACAGUAUUAAAAGAAAGAUAAAAUAAAACGAGUUGACCUCGGUCACAAAUGCAGGGUUUUUUUUACUAUCAGAUCAGUUGUUUGUGUGGGUUUUUUAAUGUAAUUUGUACAUCUUUUCAAUCUGUACAUUUGGGCUGUAGCUUUGUACUUUUUGCUAAAAAAAAAAAAAAAAAAUCUUAAAAAGAAGACACGCAUAAUGUAUCUGUCGGGAACAGUGCUCUGAUCCUGUGGCUAGAGACAUGAAGACUGAUUCCUGUGCUACUGUGGAGCACCUCAGACCUCUCUGGGUAUGCCUGGAGCACAGAUAUUGUUCCAGUUUGGAUUGAGUUAACUGUUAGUUAACUCAAUCCAAACUGGAACAAUAUCUUUUAUAUUGUUAAAAGAUAUCAAUCUUUUAUAUUUAUCAAUAUUAACUUGAGUUAACUGUUAGUUAACUCAAGUUAAUACUUCCAAGUUAAAGCUGUCUGAAUGCUACGGAACAUUUCUAACACAAUUUUUCACCAACAUUUAGAAUUUUUUGAAACUUUCGGAAUGCUUGAUAAGAGAAAAUCAGCGCACAAUUUUCAUAAAAAUAAUUGAGCAAAUUUUUGCCAAAUGUUUGCAUCAAAAUUUGAAGCACUUGUAAUUUUUCAACCAUCUCUAAUUUGCAAAUGCUAGGCUAGACAUUCCACAAAUGUUUGCUUCGGGAUAUAAACAAGAGAGUAAACCACAGACAUCUGAGUCUUGAAGCAGAUGUUUAUAGACGACUUAAACUUGCAUUUUCAAACUAUUAGCUAACUUGUAUUAACAUUCAAUCAGGAGGAGCACAAAUAUCUAGUCUUGACAUUCCCUCUGAGGCUCUGUGUGGAUAUAAGAUUUAGUUCAUUUGAUUUCAGGAUCAGAGCCUUAAAACAGAACGUUAUAGUCCGGUCAUAACUUUAAGCAGAAGCACUGAUGCCGUUAUUUAAAAAGGGGGAAAAUAAGAUCAAGAUAAUUGGUUUAGCUUCUCAUAGUGCUUUGGGGGUGUUUAUAGGUAACAUUACUGCAAUAAUCACAAAAAAACAAAAAUUAUUAAAAAAAAUUACCCAAGGAAAAGUGACUUUUGCUACUAUAUAUAUGCAAUGUAUUUUUGGAUAUUAAAAUAUAUAUAAUUUUGCAAGUAAUCUUUGUGUUUUCUAAAAAAAUGUAUUAAGUGUUACGCUGGCAUCUGUUGUAUGAAGAUUAUUGUGUAAAAAAAAUGUGAUGAAAUAAAUGGUGGUUUUCUGCUCUAA